AUGGCCGCCGCGCUCCGGCCCCUCCGCGCCUUCAGCCGCGCCGCCGUGGAGCCCUGCGCCCGCCGCCUGCAGCUCAGCGCCGCCCGGGGGGACGCCGUGGUGAUCUCGGGGAGGAAGCUGGCCCGGCAGAUCCGGCAGGAAGCGCGGCACGAGGUGCAGCAGUGGGUGGCUGCAGGGAACAGGAGGCCACACCUGAGCGUGGUGCUGGUGGGGGAGGACCCGGCCAGCCACUCCUACGUCCUCAACAAAACCAAAGCGGCCGCUGAUGUGGGGAUCAGCAGCGAGACCAUCCUCCGGCCGGCCUCCAUCACCGAGGAGGAGCUGCUGGAGCUGAUCAGCAGACUCAACAACGACGCGGCCGUGGACGGGCUGCUGGUGCAGCUUCCCCUGCCUGAGCACAUCGACGAGCGCAGGGUCUGCAACGCCGUGAGCCCGCACAAGGAUGUGGACGGGUUCCACGUGCUCAACGUGGGCCGGAUGUGCCUGGACCAGGACUCCAUGCUGCCUGCCACGCCCUGGGGCGUCUGGGAGAUCAUCCAGAGAACAGGGAUCCCCACGCUGGGCAGGAACGUGGUGGUGGCGGGCAGGUCCAAGAACGUGGGGAUGCCGAUCGCGAUGCUGCUGCACACCGACGGCAGCCACGAGCGCCCUGGAGGUGACGCCACGGUGACGAUCUCGCACCGCUACACGCCCAAGGAGCAGCUGAAGCAGCACACGAUCCGCGCCGACAUCGUGGUGGCAGCCGCAGGCAUCCCCAACCUGAUCACGGCCGACAUGAUCAAGGAGGGAGCGGCGGUGAUCGACGUGGGCAUCACCAGGGUGCAGGAUCCCAUCACGGCCAAGCCCAGGCUGGUUGGGGACGUGGAUUUUGAAGGGGUGAGGAAGAAGGCGAGUUACAUCACCCCGGUGCCCGGCGGCGUGGGGCCCAUGACCGUGGCCAUGCUGAUGAAGAACACCAUCAUCGCUGCCAAGAAACUGCUGAAACCCAAAGAGCUCGAGGCUCUGCCGGCUUAACCGGGGCCCCUGGGAGCCAGGCCUAGCCGGGCCCCCUCCGGGAACCGGGCUUAACCGGGGCCCCUGGGAGCCAGGCCUAGCCGGGCCCCCUCCGGGAACCGGGCUUAACCGGGGCCCCUGGGAGCCAGGCCUAGCCGGGGCCUCUCCAGCCCACGACAUUCCAGACUGACUCCCAAACAGGCCGAUAGAAAAUGCAAUAUUUUUUAUUUAUUGUUUCGCACGUGGGGCUUUUCCCCACUCGGAGGUCACAGGUAUUUAUUGGAAGCGUGGCUGAGCUGGGAUUUUCCAGACUCCUCCUGCUCUGUGUUUGAGCUGGGAUUACCCACACUCCUCCCGCUCUGUGUUUGAGCUGGGAUUAUCCACACUCCUCCUGCUCUGUGUUUGAGCUGGGAUUACCCCACGCUCCUCCCACUCUGUGUUUGAGAUGGGAUUAUCCACGCUCCUCCCGCUCUGUGUUUGAGAUGGGAUUACCCACGCUCCUCCCGCUCUGUGUUUGAGUUGGGAUUAUCCACGCUCCUCCUGCUCUGUGUUUGAGCUGGGAUUAUCCAUGCUCCUCCCGCUCUGUGUUUGAGCUGGGAUUACCCAUGCUCCUCUCGCUCUGUGUUUGAGCCUGGAUUAUCCACGCUCCUCCCGCUCUGUGUUUGAGCCUGGAUUAUCCACGCUCCUCCCGCUCUGUGUUUGAGCCUGGAUUAUCCACGCUCCUCCCGCUCUGUGUUUGAGAUGGGAUAAUCCACGCUCCUCCCGCUCUGUGUUUGAGCCUGGAUUAUCCACGCUCCUCCCGCUCUGUGUUUGAGCCUGGAUUAUCCACGCUCCUCCCGCUCUGUGUUUGAGAUGGGAUUAUCCACGCUCCUCCCGCUCUGUGUUUGAGCCUGGAUUAUCCACGCUCCUCCCGCUCUGUGUUUGAGCCUGGAUUAUCCACGCUCCUCCCGCUCUGUGUUUGAGUUGGGAUUACCCACGCUCCUCCCGCUCUGUGUUUGAGCUGGGAUUAUCCAUGCUCCUCCCGCUCUGUGUUUGAGCCUGGAUUAUCCACACUCCUCCUGCUCUGUGUUUGAGCUGGGAUUACCCCACGCUCCUCCUGCUCUGUGUUUGAGCCUGGAUUAUCCACAUUCAUCCUGCUCUGUGUUUGAGCUGGGAUUACCCCACACUCCUCCUGCUCUGUGUUUGAGCCUGGAUUAUCCACGCUCCUCCUGCUCUGUGUUUGAGCUGGGAUUAUCCAUGCUCCUCCCGCUCUGUGUUUGAGCUGGGAUUUUCCACGUUCCUCCUGCUCUGUGUUUGAGCCUGGAUUAUCCACACUCCUCCUGCUCUGUGUUUGAGCUGGGAUUUUCCACGUUCCUCCUGCUCUGUGUUUGAGCUGGGAUUAUCCACACUCCUGAGCCAGCCCUGCUCCUGCAGGAGCUGCCUGGGAUCCUGGCAAUUCCAGCAAUCCCAUGGGAUGCACACCUUGAUGGCUCUCUUCUCCGAGUGCUGGCAUUCCCAGUUUCCUCCUCAGUGCUGGAUGUUUAGUUUAAGCUCUUCUGUAGAGGAAUUACUUGAAAAAAAAAUUAAAGCCAUAUUUGUGUCCUGGGCCUGUGCAGGCCCUGGGCUGGUGUAACACGUUCUAGAGUGCAGCUAGGCUGGGUUUUUUUGCUCUUUGGCUGGUGAAUUUUUUAAAAGCCUUUUUUUCUAACCAAAGAACACCUUUGGGCUGGGGGAAGGUUUCCUGCACUGUGUUGUGAAGUGUGCGUGCUCAGUGAGUGAUGCAGGCUGGCUAAAUAAAGUGUGAGAAGACAAAAAACCAA